AUGUUAUUGUUUUCUGAAGCGGGGGCGAAAGCAGCACAUAAAAUUGACAGAACAUUUUCGAAACUGUAAGGCUUUAAAUGGUGUCGCUGUAUUUACAAAUUUACAGUUUUGAAUAUUGGAGGUAAAGGUAAAGCUAUUUGGAAUGACAAAAAAUUAGACAUGGCGACUAGCAGUUCAGACGAAAGUCUAACAGCUCCAAAAGAUUUCCAUCUGUCUUCCUCCCUGGACAGUGGCAGUCGAAAUAGUCCCAUUCCUCAGAAGUGCCCGUUGUGUUGGAACUUUAGAAAAAAGUUUUACUGCAGGGAGUGCAUUUAUAAUGGCGAAUUUUGCCAUUCAAACUCCACUGAAAGGUACAUCGACAAAAAAUUACGACUACGUGAGAUAGUAGCCGCCAAAAAGUCCUACGAAAACACCUGCCUACCUUUGCUGGAAAAAAGGCAAGACUUAGAUGAAUUGUCUUCUUCAAUAAGACAUAAGCGGGAGUGGAUAAGGAUUCUUCAAAAUGCCGUUAAAGAGAAGAAAGAGAGGCAGGUUCUUCUUAAGAAUGAGCUAAUCGAUAUACGUCACAAAAAUGAAAAAAUGUCUAAGAGUCUACCAAAGUAUGAAGAAAAAGUCGAAGAGCUGGGUUGUUACGUUGAAGGCAAGGAGGAGAAGAUCAAAAAGGCAAAGAUGGAGUUGGAAAAGAAACAGCGCGAUUUAAAACAACUUACUCGAGUACGGAUCAAGCAGCUGAUUGAAUAUAUUUUUCCAAUAACCUUAGUACAGCCAAAAAUUGAAAUUGAAUCGAGCUCAUCCGAUAUGGUUAGUGCGUUGGCAGAAGCAACUCAUACAACGUAUAUAAGUGAUCGGUGGGUGUAUACGGAUAACUCCGGUGAACUUCAGCACUGCAUAGUUGCACCUACCUUACCAGGUACCGGUAACUACUCAGCGUACAAUGUGUGGGUGGUGCAAAAUAAGGAUUCUGUACCAAGUAGUCAUAGCACAACUGCCGUCGAGCAUAAUUCAGCAUACAACAUCAGUGCUGCUCUUACGUACACGGCCCAACUGGUCAAUGUUCUUGCCUUCUAUUUAGAUAUAAGAUUGCUUCACAAAAUGUCAUAUAGUGAUCUUUGCGGUAGCGAUAUGAAGGAGCAAACGUUUGCGCGACGAGUUGCACGUUUAAACGCAAACAUUCUUCAAUUAUGUUUUUCCCAAAGCACUAAUUUGGAGUCGCUACAUUCUGCACAUACACUUCAUAAUAUCAUGCAACUCAUUGAUCCGAGUCUCAGCGAUUUAGGAAGAAAAGGUCCUGUGGAGGUAGAUGCCCAAAUGGCUAAUAGUUUAGAAGAGCAGUUAACUCCCGAUUUGUAUACUAGUGAAACUUCUGACUCGGAAGAGUGUGAUGCACUACCCAAUGAAUGGGAAGCAGUGCCCCACGUACAAUGCCCGGAAGUUCCAGCCGGUGCCGUUAUCGCACCAACCACGCAAAUGACUACUACCCAGCAAGCGAGCAGCAUGGCUGGUGGUUUAGUUGUUAGUGCAGCAGCGAGUAUUGCGUCAAUAUGGAGAGGAUGGACAGGAAGGUAGUACUGCUACAACUUAGUGUUCAUUUUUCAAGUUGUGUUUGGUUAAAUGCGAAGCAUUGAAUUUAUCAUAAUAUUUCGAUGCGAUUUUUACAUACCGAUGACACAAAUAAAAUCUUCAAACAAUAGCUAAUGA